CAGUAGGGGUCGAGUUUAAUUCCCCUUUCUGCCCUGCUGUGAUGAGUGUGGAGCUCCAGUAGGGGUCGCUGUGGGCGUCUCGGUCGCGAUCCGCCACACAUUGAGAGAAAUAGAAGAAGCCGUGCGGCAGUUUUGCUGAUUGAUGAGCUGAGCUCUCCGACUCUACUAAUCAUCUUUCCAUUAAACUCUUUCUGACAGGGUUUUACCCCCACAGUUCCAUCUGAUCCGUUGUGGGGGAUUUGAGGUGGUUAACUGCGUUCUGCUGGAAACAUCAAGAUUUGAGCGAUUCCCUGUCUCCACCUGCUGUCUUCUUUCCAACACAUCUUCCAACUAGGAUGAAGUCGAAUGAGAUUAAUUGUGAGGACCAGGAACUCACGGAGAGCUCCAGCAGUCACCAAAGUUCACCUGGUUCUUUACAGACCAACACCUCUGACAGGCAAGUGCAAACAGAAGUGUACCACUGCUCACAGUGUGGGAAGUGUUUCAGUAAAAAGACGAACCUCAGACAGCACCAGCGGAUUCAUACAGGGGAGCGGCCGUAUCAGUGCUCGAACUGCGGGAUAAGGUUCACGCAAAGGGGGAAUCUCCAACAGCACCAGCGUAUCCACAAAGGAGAAAAGCUGCAUCACUGCUCACAGUGUGGGAAGAACUUCACUCAGAAGGGUCAUCUCCAGCGACACCAGCGCAUUCACACAGGAGAGAAGCCGUAUCAGUGCUCGCAGUGUGGGAAGAGCUUUACUGAGAACAAUAAGCUCAUAAAGCACCAGCGCAUUCAUUCAGGAGAGAAGCCGUAUCAGUGUUUGGACUGCGGGAUGUGUUUUGCUGAGCGCAGUAAUCUGCAGUUACACCUGCUCAUCCAUACAGGAGAUAAACCCUAUUACUGCUUAGAUUGUGGGAAGAGUUACACCCAAAAAACUGCUCUCCGAGUCCACCAACGCAUCCACACAGGCCAGAAGCCCUAUUACUGUUCUCAGUGUGGGAGGAGUUUUACCACCCAUAGCAGUUUCCAACAACAUCAGCGUGUUCAUACUGGAGAGAAACCAUAUCAGUGCUCCCAGUGUGGGAAGAGUUUCAGUAACCAGAGUAAUCUCCGAAGACACCAACGCGUUCACACAGGAGAGAGGACCCAUCAGUGCUCAGAGUGUGAGAAGAGCUUUAGUAACCAGAGUAAUCUGCAGCGACAUAAACACAUUCACAAAGCUGUGGACGCGCUGCAGUUCUCAUACCUGAAGAUGGGCCAUGAUAUGUGUCUCUCAUGCCUUGGCCUCAAGCAUCUAAGAGAGGGUCUCUCAGAAAAUCCCUGCAGGAACUACAGCUUCAUUCCUCAGGCAAUGAGGGUUGCUAGACUGGAUGAGAUGGAACAGCUACUGGGGCAUGUUCCAUCACCAGAACAGUUUGCUCCAGCCCAGUGGUCGAUUCCAGCCCAAUCUGGCUGGUCAAAGUGUCGGGCUGCCGAAACUGAGGGCGCCUCUUCCAGGAAGAAGGCCAAAGAGUCUGAACUUGCCUCCAAGCCAUGUUGGCUCAGGAGGAUGAAGAUGGUAGCUUCAGCCACUGAGUUUGAUGAAUAUGGGGCAGACAAGGUCUCCCAGAAUGCAGCCUUCGAUGCCUCAGAGGUGUUCACCAGGUGUGUGGCAGCAGCCCUCUCACCACUGCAGUCAUGGGGCAUGAAGGUCUUGCCUUACCUGGAUGACUGGCUUAACUGCAUGCCAUCCUGGUCUCGGGUGACCCAGGACAUGGUGCUUCUUCUCACACAUGUGGCCUGGCUGGGUCUCAGGGUGUCUCAGGACCUCCUGAUGAGCCCACCUAGCCAGCCUGAGGGUGAAGUAUUUGCCCGGGGUGCGGAACCAGGCUGCAGACUUCCUGUCCCAUUGCAAGUCUCUGCUGUGUGUGAGUGGCGGCUUCAUCCAGAAGUGGUGCUCAACAUCUGGGAUAUCUUCGGCAGAGCAGAGGAGAUUACUCUGGCUGGUGAAAUGCUUUCCACACUCUGUACAGUAAUAGGGUUUCUCUCCUGUGUGAAUGCGUUGGUGCUGGCGGAGACUGCUCUGGUCCCUAAAGCUCUUCCCACAGUGCGAACAGUGAUGCGGCUUCUCGCCGGUGUGAAUGCGCUGGUGUACAUGGAGGCUGCUGCGCUUCGUGAAGCUCCUCCCACACCAAGAGCAGCGAUGGGGCUUGUCUCCAGUGUGACUACGCAGACUGCUGCUUUGACUGAAGCUCUUCCCACACUGCGAGCACAGGUAGGGCUUCUCUCCCGUGUGGAUCCGCUGGUGUUGCCCCAGCACAUCUUACAUUUACCUCCACAAGAACAUCAGGAGAUGAAUUCAGAAGAAAUAAAAUGUGAGACUCUGGAGCCCACAGAGAGCUUCAGUAGUCAGCAAAGCUCAUCUGAUCCUUUUCACACGAACACCUCUCCGUGCAAAAAGAAAAUUCAUACCUGCUCUCAGUGUGGGAAGAGUUUCAGUCAAAAGAGUUAUCUGACAAGCCACGAGCGGAUCCACACGGGAGAGAGGCCGUAUCGGUGCUCACACUGUGGGAAGUGUUUCAACCUCAGCAGCAUUCUCCGAAAACACCUGCGUGUUCACACGGGAGAGAAGCCGUAUCAGUGCUCGCAGUGUGGGAAGUGUUUCAGCCUGAGGAACACUCUCAAAAGACACCAGCGCAUUCACACCGGAGAGAAGCCGUACCACUGCUCAGAGUGUGAGAAGAGCUUCACUGAGAGGGGCAGUCUCAGACAACACCAGCGCGUUCACACCGGAGAGAAGCCUUAUCCAUGUUCACAGUGUGGGAAAACCUUUUCCGUGCAGAGUAGUCUCCAGCACCACCAGCGCAUUCACGCUAAAGAUAAACCCUACUGCUGUUUGGAGUGUGGGAAGAGCUUCAGAAAAGGAGCUCAUCUCCAAGCACACCAGCAUGUUCACACAGGAGAGAAGCCCUAUUACUGUUCGCUAUGUUGGAAGGGUUUUAGUAGGCACGGUUGUUUCCUGAGACAUCAGCUCAUUCACACAGGAGAGAAGCCGUAUCAGUGCCCCCAGUGUGGGCGAAGUUUUAGGAGGCGUUCUCAUUUACAGCGGCACCAGCACAUUCACACUGAAGAUAAACCACAUCACUGUUUACAGUGUGGGAGGAGUUUUAGAGAGGAACCUGAUCUCCAAGCGCACCAACAUGCUCACACCAGAGAGAAGCCGUAUCAGUGCUCGCAGUGCGGGAAGAGGUUCAGGAACCACAGCCACUUUCAGCGACACCGGCGCAUUCACGCUGCUGACAACGUGGACAUGUGGCAAGUCUCAGCAAGUAGUGUGCUGCCAAUUUCGGUUUUACCCCCACAGUUCCAUCUGAUCCGUUGUGGGGGAUUUGAGGUGGUUAACUGCGUUCUGCUGGAAACAUCAAGACUCCUGGACCAUCGGCACUGGAUCCCCUCAAGGCUGCAUCCUUUCUCCUCUACUCUUCUCCCUGUACACCAACAGCUACACCUCCAGUUAUCAGUCUGUCAGGCUUCUGAAGUUCAGACACCACCACCUUCAUUGGACUCCUCUCUGAAGAGGAGGAGUCUGCCUACAGGUAUGAGUGGUGUCCUGCCUUCUCCUGCUAUCCUCUUUCCUACCAAGCAUAAAUAUAUCCCUGCAAGAACAUCAGCAGAUCCACCCAAGAUGAUGUCAGUCGACAUUAAAUGUGAGGAUCUGGACUCCACAGAGAGCUCUGGCAGUCAUCAAAGCUUAUCUAGUACUUUCUGUACUAACACUCUUUACAGACAAAUGCAAAAAGGAAUCCACCAGUGCUCCCAGUGUGGGAAGAGUUUCAGUCAGAAGAGUACUCUCAAAGAACACGAGCAGAUUCACACAGGAGAGAAGCUGUAUAACUGCUCCUGCUGUGGGAAGCGUUUCAAUCAAAAGAGUACUCUCAAAAAGCAUCAGUAUAUUCACUCAGGAGAAAAGCCAUAUCAGUGUCUAAACUGUGGGAAAAGUUUCAGUCAGAAGAGUACUUUCAAAGAACACCAGCGGAUUCACACAGGAGAGAAGCCGUAUAGAUGCUCACAGUGUGGAAAGAGUUUCAGUCAAAACGGGAAUCUCAGAAAACACCAGCGGAUUCACACCGGCGAGAAGCCGUAUCAGUGCUCGCACUGUGGGAAGAGUUUUACAAGCCAGAGUGAUCUCCACCGGCACCAGCGCAUUCACACUGGAGAGAAGCUCUAUCAGUGUUUGCAGUGUGAGAAGAGUUUUAUUGAGAGCGGUAAUCUUAUAAAGCACCAGAGAAUUCAUACCGGAGAGAAGCCGUAUCACUGCUCGCACUGUGGGAAGAGUUUUACACAAAGAAGUAACCUCCAAAAACACCAGCGCGUUCACACGGGUGAUAAACCGUAUUACUGCUCAGAGUGUGGGAAGAGUUUUACUCAAGGAACGGACCUUCACAUCCACCAGCGCAUUCACACGGGAGAGAAGCCGCAUCACUGUACACUGUGUGGGAAGAGUUUUACUAGCCAGAGUAAUCUCCUUCGACACCAGCGCGUUCACACAGGAGAGAAACCGUAUCAGUGCUCACAGUGUGAGAAGAGCUUUAGUGAGAGAGGCAUUCUCAAUCAACACCUGAGAAUUCACACAGGAGAGAAGCCGUAUCAGUGCUCACACUGUGGGAUGAGUUUUACACAGCGCGGAAAUCUCCGGAAGCACCUGCACAUUCACACGGGAGAGAAACCGUAUCAGUGCUUAGAGUGUGGGAAGAGUUUUAUACAGGGAGCUGAUCUCCAACUACACCAACACAUUCACACUGGGGAGAAGCCCUAUUACUGUUCAGCAUGUGGGAAGAGUUUUACUCGGCAUAGCAGUUUCCAACGACAUGAGCGCAUUCACACUGGAGAGAAACCGUAUCAGUGCUCACGCUGUGGGAAGAGUUUUACUGAGAACAGUAAGCUCCUCAAACACAACAGGACUCAUACGGUGGAAGGUUUUAGUCGACAUGGUAAUCUGCAACCAUACCAGCACCUUCACACAGCUGAGACUGAGGACGUUCCUCAGUUCUUUUUAGAAAAAAGUGUGAGAAUUAAUGAGUUCAAUUCCAAACACUAAUUUUGGGUCCAAUCGGAUCUUUGAAAGGCUUUAUACAUUCUGGUGUUGCACGUUCCUCCUCUUUUACUGGAGGAGGCUGUGGGGAUUUUAUCACUUUGAAAUUAUGGAACUUUAUACAGUGUGGAAAUGAACAAUGUAUUAUUCCAAAGCAUUUCAAGUUCACUAAUUAAAUGAUGUUAUUUAAUAUUUUAUUCUUGAUGUAUGGCCGAGGGUGUUUUUGCUUUUUUUUUUUUUUAAUAAAGU